AUGCCAAACUUCCAAAUCAUCCACUUCAUUCCCCCAUCUCGCGAGGCAAUCAUCCUCAACAGCCCUGUGCGUAGCAUCAUCGCAGUACCUCACACCCAGAAUGCCGGCACCAACCACUGGUGUCUCUAUCUCGCAACAUCUGACACAACCUCCGUGAUCCAUGGCUAUUUCAGAGCUGCCCCAUAUCUAUGUGCACCGGACGCUCAGGCCCAGUUCAAGCUCCAUGUUCCUCCGAACCUGAAGGUCAAGGACGUCUAUAAUCUCCUCAUGCAAAAUGACCGCCACAAAUACGAAUUCGACUCUGCAGGUGUCGGAUGCAGGUAUUGGGUUACGGACCAGCUUGGUCUGCUUCAGCAUCAGGGGUUACUUGUCGAUCCGGAGGAAGUAACGGCUGCGAAGAAUGGAAUCGUACUCUUGUGGCCAGACCAGACACCUCUGCCGCUUGAUCAGGGGGCUUAUUAUCAGUGA